CUCUCCACCGUCUUGUUUGUAGCUUAAUCGGCGCUUUUAACGGCGCAGUGAAUCGGCUUGUGUUUGUUUUGUGCAUUAGAAAACGAAACACUUACUUUAAAUGUUCCUGUGUGUAAAGAGCAGACGUUGACGGAUUUGAAUGAACCUGGGCGCACGGUAACAGAGCUGCGGAGCCUCAUCUGACCUGAGCUGACAGGACUGAUACCGAAUCAGAUCCUGUUCUGUUUGUGAACAUGAAGACGGACGUCACUUACAACGAGCUGGUGAACGAGGAGUUCAGGAGACAUGACAACAGAAAAGCCCCGCUGUAUUCCAGGUGUGCGAUAGCUCUGGCCACUGUAGCCACUAUGCUGCUUGCUGCCAUGGCCCUCUAUAACCUCCUGACACCAAGGGUUUCUUCCUCCCACCCUGCCCUGAGCAGCAGCCUCCGUCUGCCCCAGGCCGAGUCCUGCACUGACCCCUGCAAGAUUGUUCUGGUGGAGAGCAUCCCUGAGGGACUGGAGUUUAAUUCCAGCACCACUCACCCGUCCAUCUUCCAGGCCUGGCUCAGCCUGGUGGGAGAGGCCCGCAGCAGUCUCGACAUCGCUUCCUUCUAUUGGACGCUCACUAACAAGGACACUGGCACUCAUGAGCCGACAGCCUAUCAGGGUGAGACCAUUCUGCAGAAACUAGCCGAGCUUUCAGGGAAGUUGUCUGUUCGUAUCGCAGUCAACACGCCACAGGAGAGACAACCUCAGCACGACCUCAGGCUGCUCAACGACUCAGGAGCUGAUAUCAGGACAGUUAACAUGAGAGAGCUCACCUCGGGCGUCCUCCACACCAAGUUCUGGGUUGUGGACAAGAAGCACAUUUACAUUGGCAGUGCCAACAUGGACUGGAGGUCCCUCACACAGGUGAAGGAGCUGGGUGCGGUGGUCUACAACUGCAGCUGUUUGGCUGCUGACCUGGGUAAGAUCUUUGAAGCCUAUUGGUUCCUGGGGGAGAGUCGGUCGAUCCCAUCGCCUUGGCCAUCCAGCUUCUCCACCCUCUACAACAAAGACACGCCUCUCCAGCUGCCACUCAACAACACGCCGUCCAGCGUUUAUCUGUCGAGUUCCCCUCCGUCCUUCUGUGCGGCCGGCAGGACUCCAGACCUGCAGUCCAUCCUCAGUGUGAUGGACGACGCGCAGAGCUUCAUCUACAUCGCUGUCAUGAACUACCUGCCCACCAUGGAGUUUUCACAUCCCAAAAGGUACUGGGCAGACAUUGACACUCAGCUGAGGAGAGCGGCGUACGAGAGGCGGGUCAGAGUGCGGCUGCUGAUCAGCUGCUGGGCCAGCACCCAGCCCGUCAUGUUUCCCUUCCUGAAGUCUCUGGCCUCAGUUUAUGACCCUAAGAGCAAACUAGACAUCCAGGUGAGGCUGUUUGUUGUGCCUGCCAGCCCCAAGCAGAAGGAGAUUCCCUACGCCAGAGUAAACCACAACAAGUACAUGGUGACUGACAAGGUAGCUUACAUAGGUACAUCGAACUGGUCAGGUGACUACUUCGUGAGCACAGCUGGCUCUGCGUUGGUUGUCAACCAGACUGCAUCACAGUCCCCAGAGCCAACCGUCCAAUCACAGCUGAAGGCGGUGUUUGAGAGGGACUGGAGUUCUGACUACAGCACUCCUCUCACCCAGCACUCAAACCUCAGAGACCUCUGCUAGUUUCAGCAGCCAGUGUUACAAACAUAGCAAUCUGUACAAAAACACUUGUGAACUUCUGUUCAACACAUCUUACAGAGCUGUAGAUGCACAUUUAUUUUAGUUUUCAAAUCCUCAUGCACCGUCUCAGUUAGUCAGCUGAAGCAGCUGUUCACACAGUGAACGUGGAAACUCCUGAGCUGAAAGAUCAGACGAGUCUGUGGAGGAGUUUCCCCGCUAGCUCAGGUCCAAAGGAAGAAAGUCAACUUCCAGUAAACUUUACUCAUCACAGCUUUUGUGCCAAACUCCAAUUUGAGUCUCAUGCGCCAUCAAACCACCACUAACUUGUCAGAACUGCCAGUCUUGUUCAAGGGUACCUGAUUUUUUUUUUUUUUGUCACAGGCAGGAAUGUAGUUGCUUCUCAUUGCUGUUCCUUUUUAAACUGGUCCAGGAUUCAGACUCCAUGUGUGCACAGUCAGGUCAGUGUAAAACACAGGUCCACAGUCAGAACGCACUGUGACAUGUUACCAGCAGCGACAAACAAUGAACAGUGUUAAAAAAAAAAACUGACAUACAAGCACAUCUAGCUUAUAAGUAGUGUGAUCAUGUGGUUUGUGUCAUGUGGUGCAGUUUCAUCUUUCUACUCAGGUCCGUAUCAGACUGAGCACACCCUCUCUCACGUCUCUUAACUGAUCUAUUCAUUGAUCACUUUCUCAUUUUAGAAAUGGAUCACAGUUCAUUUCUUUUAUGCAAAUCCAGCCUUUUUUAAAAUUUUUAUCCCAGCUCAUCUCAGGGAGUAAAGAUUGUGUGUUUUUCUUAAUGGAUCAUUUUAGUUAGCUGGAACCUGGAAUGAUUAAUGCUCACACCGGUGUGCUCUGCCUGUACUGUAAAGGACUGUUUUAGAAAGCAGCAGUUCAUACAGUAGACUGCAGGUUUGUAGCAGCGGAAAAUGACGAUGAACAAACUUAAUUUCCACCGUGUGGAGUGAUUGAAACUGCUGAUCAGUAAAGAGAUGAUUGUUAUGGCAACUGUCCAAACAAGCCUGUUCACUACAAGCAGCUUGUUGGAGCAGUUACUAUGUACACGUCUUUAUAAAGGAAUUAUUCUCAAUAAAUGCUUGGAUUCAAUCAGA